AAACAUAAAAAGACAAAUUUUGCAUCAAAAACAAAUGAUCUACUUAGAAUAUAUUCACAAUCGAUCGAAAAAUAUUUUAAUGAGGACUCAAUUCAAGUAUCAUUAGAGAAAUUGCAAAAACAGAUGAAGGAUGUUUGCAGAG